AUGACUUCUCUAUCUAAUGUCGGUUUUGAUACUGCUGGAAGUCCGAUCAACGGCGAACGGAUUGCACACCAGGCCUGUCAUAUGACCUCUGACCGCAUACCCUAUUCGACACAAAUGACUGUAUCACCUCCCUUUACUUCUGUUAGGUCUGCCUUCCAUUGCCAACAGGCAAUGGAGGCAGCAAGCAUCUUGUCGCCUGAACAAGACACUCACGUGCCGACUUCACCGCGUCCCCUCAUCAAUGGACUAGUCUCACGUCCCCUCCGACACAUCAUUCCUGCCUCAACUUCCCAUUUGGCGCUCAAGCCUAUGGCCUUCGCCUACUGCCCCAGUCUGUCCCAGCCCGCGGAGCUACCUCCAAGCACAGAAGGCACUCGGCUGGAGCAACUCGAAGUACCCGGUCAGUCGUCCUUGAGUCAGCUGUCUGUUCCUCCUCCUCCCUUGCGAAAGGGAUCCCGUCUA